CCUUCGUCUUUUGCACUUCUUUUGUACCUCGUGCAUACUUCUAUAAGCAAAUGUAUCCGACGGUUUUACAAGAAUUUGCUUGCCCCAGUGUACUUCACCCAUGGCUAGCACAGAGUAGGACUGGAAAGAAAUGCUGCACAGACAGCACUUUCCUCUGAAGGCUCUAGGGCUCCCCAAGCCCCCGCAUUAAACUGGUUUGGGCAAAACGACAGGCAUUGCUGAGAGCCGCCAGGCCGCCCGCCAGCUGCGGGGUCCCCUGUAGGCAGAGCCCUGGGUCACAUGCGGACGCGGUCCCGAUGUUUCUUCUCAGGCCCUCAGCCCUGCCCACUUCCUCUUUCCUCACUUUAAGGCGCAGAUGGCGGUCCCUCUCAAAACAAAACAUCACCAAAACACCAUUUUUUUUUUUUAAAACAGGAAGUCCAGAGGCCCGGGUCCAGGGCAUCCAGCCCCGGAUCUCGAACGCCCUCCUCGCCCCUCGCCCCGCGUAGUCCGGCUCCGCUCCCCGCUCUCCGCCCCGCGUCCACCUCUCGAGCCUGACAGCCCCGCCGCCCGCGCAGGCGCCCCGCCCCGGCCCCGCCGCCCGCGCUUCCAUCCCCGCCCCGGCGAGUCCAAGCCGGUGCCGGGCGCCCAGGGGUUGCCGCGCUGGGCGGGAGGGCCGCGCCUGAGCGGGCGGCGGGGUGGCGGGGUUCCUGCGCGCGGCCCGCCAUGGAGGUGGAGGAGGCGUUCCAGGCGGUGGGGGAGAUGGGCAUCUACCAGAUGUACUUGUGCUUCCUGCUGGCUGUGCUGCUGCAGCUCUACGUGGCCACGGAGGCCAUCCUCAUUGCACUGGUUGGGGCCACGCCAUCCUACCACUGGGACCUGGCAGAGCUCCUGCCAAAUCAGAGCCACGGUAACCAGUCAGCUGGUGAAGACCAGGCCUUUGGGGACUGGCUCCUGACAGCCAACGGCAGUGAGAUCCAUAAGCACGUGCAUUUCAGCAGCAGCUUCACCUCCAUCGCCUCGGAGUGGUUUUUAAUUGCCAACAGAUCCUACAAAGUCAGUGCAGCAAGCUCUUUUUUCUUCAGUGGUGUAUUCGUUGGAGUUAUCUCUUUUGGUCAGCUUUCAGAUCGCUUCGGAAGGAAAAAAGUUUAUCUCACAGGUUUUGCUCUUGACAUCUUAUUUGCAAUUGCAAAUGGAUUUUCCCCCUCAUAUGAGUUCUUUGCAAUAACUCGCUUCCUGGUGGGCAUGAUGAAUGGAGGGAUGUCGCUGGUGGCCUUUGUCUUGCUUAAUGAAUGUGUGGGCACCGCCUACUGGGCACUUGCAGGAUCGAUCGGCGGCCUCUUCUUUGCAGUUGGCAUUGCCCAAUAUGCCCUGUUAGGAUACUUCAUCCGCUCCUGGAGGACACUAGCCAUUCUGGUUAACCUGCAGGGAACAGUGGUCUUUCUCUUAUCUUUAUUCAUUCCUGAAUCACCUCGUUGGUUAUACUCCCAGGGUCGACUGAGUGAGGCUGAAGAGGCGCUGUAUCUCAUUGCCAAGAGGAACCGCAAACUCAAGUGCACAUUCUCACUAACACACCCAGCCAACAGGAGCUGCAGGGAGACUGGAAGUUUCCUGGACCUGUUUCGUUACCGGGUCCUCUUAGGACACACUUUGAUCCUGAUGUUCAUCUGGUUUGUGUGCAGCUUGGUGUAUUAUGGCCUAACUCUGAGUGCGGGUGAUCUAGGUGGAAGUAUUUAUGCCAACCUGGCCCUGUCUGGCCUCAUAGAGAUUCCAUCUUACCCUCUCUGUAUCUACUUGAUUAACCAAAAAUGGUUUGGUCGGAAGCGAACAUUAUCAGCAUUUCUGUGCCUAGGAGGACUGGCUUGUCUUAUUGUAAUGUUUCUUCCAGAAAAGAAAGACACAGGUGUGUUUGCAGUGGUGAACAGCCAUUCCUUGUCCUUGCUGGGGAAGCUGACCAUCAGUGCUGCCUUUAACAUUGUUUAUAUCUACACCUCUGAGCUUUAUCCUACAGUCAUCAGGAAUGUUGGGCUUGGAACUUGUUCCAUGUUCUCCCGAGUUGGUGGGAUUAUUGCUCCCUUCAUCCCCUCACUGAAAUAUGUGCAAUGGUCUUUACCAUUCAUUGUCUUUGGAGCCACCGGCCUGACCUCCGGCCUCCUGAGUUUGUUAUUGCCAGAGACCCUUAACAGUCCGCUGCUAGAAACAUUCUCUGACCUUCAGGUGUAUUCGUAUCGCAGGCUGGGAGAAGAAGCAUUAUCUUUACAGGCCUUGGACCCUCCACAGUGUGUGGACAAGGAGAGCUCUUUAGGGAGCGAGAGUGAGGAAGAGGAAGAAUUUUACGAUGCAGAUGAAGAGACUCAGAUGAUCAAGUGAAGAGCCCCAGAUUCCCCCUAAGAAGCAAAGGAUCGUCUUUUAUGCCUCUGGCUAAGGCAGGUUCUUCCAUGAAUCUUAAGAGAGUUGUAAAAAUAGAGGCUUGGCUUGAACGUACAUAGGUGGUACCUGGCAUGGACUGAUGUUUUUAGGCACAAAAGUUGGAGAAGAGAUUUCAUGAGAGACAUCAUCACUGCAUUGAGAGAAUAGUUGUUAAUCUGUUUAGAAUUUAAGUUCUGCUCAGAAUCAUAACAUUUGGCAGAAUAGCCCAAACUCACAUUCCAAAGUGGUAAGCUCAUUUGUUUCUAGAGAUUUCAUCAUGUCACUUUUCCUUCAUCAUGAUCUAAAUAAAGGCAGAUAUGUAAAAUUUCUCACUAUUUUGGUGGGGUAAGAUAAGCCAUUAUUAAUAUUUAAUCUUUAUACCAUGUUGGACAUUUGCCCCUAUCAGUUGCUGCUCAGGAAUCUUCUGGUACAGGUUAACAUCAGCAUUUUAAUUUUGUGUCCAGGGAAAAGCACUCAGAGGUCAUCUGUGUGUCCCGAGACCCUCCAGCUUUUCCUCAGCUGAUGAAAUAUGAGUCCUCAGCUUGGUUCCCAGCCUGCGGGUUGACUUGGGCUCCUGGUGCCUUGAGUCCCACAGAUGAUUCAUUAGGAAAAGCCAGAUGUACCAAAGCAGUUUAUUCAGAGUCAAGGGUGUAGCUCUGGCUGCCUGUCAGCUCCCUUGGAUACUAUAUUGUGUGAUUUCUUCCUUUCCCAUUAAUAUGCACGUCCAGAAAAAUUUCCAUCUGAGAUUCUAGUACUUCAAAAUCAUGUAUAGUAAAUGAGAAAGCUUUAAGUAGAGGGCAGUUAAACAGUGACAUGUUGAGCACCUGGAGGAAAAAAAAGGUGCAGUUUUUAAUAAGAGAGAAAAUGAAAUUAUCUUUGAUAAAUUUUUAUUUGUUUUGCUUUCAGCAUUGUGCCAUGAGGGAUUUGGACAAUAUUUAAGAACUUCUUGUCCUAGAUCAGCCCCAACCUGUUUAAUCAGAAUGGAAGGUUCAGUAAUUUCAUGGGAAACGUUGGUUUUUCAUUAAGUGCUACCAACUUUCAAGUGAAUCUGAAAUUUGAUUUCCUAAAAUCGUGUCUUGAAAACAUGUUUUCUGAUGAAACUUGAAUACUAUCUCAAAUAGGAAUAUAAACCUGGAGUCAACAAGCUUAGGCAGUAUUGAUUUAGGUCACUUUCCCAGUGAGGAAAAUUUCUGCGUUUUCAGAAUUUCCAUUUCUACCAACCUCUUGGAGAAAAAGAAAUUGAAUUAGAGGUAAACAGAAGACGUCACUGGGGCUGCUUCUGGAAGUGCUGGAAGCAUCACCCCAAUUGGCUCUAAAUACUGUCAUGUUUUCUUGCACACUGACUUCUGGUUUCCACUGUAUCAGUAUGUACCUUUGUAAUUGUUAUUUUUAUGUCUUUUAUGCCCUUGAUUAUUAAUUGGGCUCUUCAUAAACAGAGGCCAUCUCUACUACUAUUUAUUUUUCCCUGCUGUGCCCAGAACAUUGGCCUAGACACAGUAAGGACCUAGUAAAUAUUACUGUUUCUAGCCAUCAGGGAGAUUGUGGAACUCCUCCCAGUAUAGUUUUUACAAACACCAAGCAAAUCUGACCCAAACUCCCAAAUUGUCAAAUCCUGCUUAACUUCCUCUGGAAAAUGGACCCCUUCUCAACAUCAGAAUAGGAAGAGAGGAAGAACUUACAAAGACACUUAAAAGUUAUUCUUAAGUGGUGGUUGGGCAUUUAAAACAAUGAACUAACAUAUAUAUAAUUUUCGAUUAGUUGGAGCUUUCUUUGUAUUAUAAGAGUAAUAUAUCUCAUUACAGAAAAUUUGGAAACUAUAAAUUUAGAAAUGUAUCACCCAUACAUCCAACAUCGAGAGAAAACCAGUGUUACGACUUUGUUCCAUUUGAAGACCAAUUGGGAGUCCAUCUCUCUAUUGCCACUGGGUUCAAUUGCCUCUGGCUAAUAGAGUUCAAUUAGUUCUAUCCAUGGGUUUCCUUUCUUAGCUGUGGGGUGGAAGAUAGGAGGGAGAGAUCUACAAUUCGAAUACAUGUUACUUAAUAAGGCUAGGCUGUCCAUCAGUUGCUUAUUUCAGAUGUGUCACUAGAUUUUCUUUCUAGAUGGUCCUUGAGCAAAACUUAAUAAUUACUGUUUUUUAUUUCCACUGCCUUUAUAAAAUCAAAAUUUCCUCCUUUUGAUAAAAACUGUUGAAUACUAUUGAUGUAGAGAAUGUGUAUUUGUGUAUAUUUGCAUUGAUUAAAUUAUUGGAAAACUUUUCAUUGACAGGUAAUCUAUUUUGAUUGUGCAGAUGGUUUGUAAAAAGUAUCCUGUUUUUUUAAUUCUAUUCAAAAUUAAAAAUUUUUUCUCCUAAAAUAAAGCAAGAAAAAUAAAUGUAAGAUAUAUAAGAAACCCCAGAGUUUCCAGGGUGAAAGUUCUCAUUAGCAGCUUGUCCAAAAUAUUUACACCACACAAAUAUUUUGAAAGAAACCAUGUUGAAAUUUUCUGAUUUUGUGAGUUACAACCACAUCCCAGUAAGACCAAUACUUGUUAUUUGGCUACUUUCAAGCAAUGCAGAUAUUCUUUGGUAUUUAAAAAUGAGCAAAUAAACAAAAUGAGGCAAAUAAAUGAAGAAAAUGAGUUUCUGAGACACUGCUUAGGUGACCAUAAAUCGGACAGAUAUUUUUAUGGUGGGCAAAUUGAUGAAGAUACUUUUAGUAGGUGAUUUAUAUUCAUAACAAAUACAUAUUGAAAUAAUUGUCACUAGUGUAUCAGAAUUAAAAACCAGCCUCACAUUAGGACUUCUCCAUACAAAUUCUUUAUCAUUGGUUCUUAAAUUGGAAAAAUAUCUAUAAAUGAUUACAUUUUUAAACUAAAUAAAAUUCAGAUAUUUUGGCUUCUUGUGAAUUUAAUAAAGAAUCAUAAAACAUAGGCCUUUUUUUUGUUCUCCAAGAAUGUCUCAAAAUCUACAGUAGUAGCUUUGACAAGUUGGGCAAAUGCAGAACCUGCUAGUAAAGUUAAGUAAUAUGUGGGACAGGAGUUGUAGCAAAGUUGUAGACUGAUGGACACAAAAGUUAACUAUCAAAAUACUUUUAGAAUGAAGAAUAUGCAAAGACAAUGCAUUGUGGAAAAUCCGUCAAUGUAGUACAUCAAAGGAGAAAGAGCUUAUGAUUACCUCAAUAGAAAAAUAAACAUUAUUUGACAAAAUUAAACAUCCAUUCAAAAUAAAAGCUAUUAGCAGAGUAGGAAUAAAAGGAUGCUUCCUUAAUAAAAUAAGAGAUACUAUAGUAGAUAUGGUAAAUUGGCACACAGCAUCUCUUCACCUUCCUGGUACCUUGGCCUUCAGCCUUUUUUUUUUUUUAUCAUAACCUACAGUAAGAAAUGCAUUUUACAUAUUCAUCGUGUCAUACUUCCCCACUUACAAAUAUAUAUGUACAUAUAAAAUAUCUAUGAAUCAUUAAAAAUGUGUAUAUUUUAUGCAAUAAUACUUAAUCUUGCUAGGCAUACUGAUAACUUAUGUUCUAUUUCACUUUUUAAAAUGCCAUUUAUGACUCAAUAAAUGGAUAUCAUGACCCGCUAAUAGGUUGCAACCCAUAGUUUGAAAUCCACUGCUCUACUCUAUCUUCUUAUACUACAGAAGCUUUAAAGCUUCUGAAUUUCUUGCAGAUAAGUUUACCCCUUGCAGCCAGGUGCAGUUUGGUUUCCUUCAGUCAGAUACAAAUGGAGCUUGGAAGGUAGAAGCAAGGUGGAGGCCAUACUUUUGAUGAGUCUGCUUUUUUCUGCUCAGAUUCACAGUGGUGGAGCCAUUUGGUUUCUCUGAGGCAGUAUCAGCCAGAGAUAUUGUCAGUUGGGCAAUAUUGAUUAAAAUCUUAACAAGAUUUUUUAAUAAACCUGCAAUAAUACUUCUGGUAUUCAAAUGGAAAAGCAAAGAUCCAAAAAUAUUCAAGACAAUUAUGAUAAAGAAGAACAAACAGAAGGGACUUGACUUUCUAGAUAUAAAAACUUAUGAAGCUGUAUUAUUGGUCAGCAGUAGACAAAUAGGUCAAUAGGACAUAACAGAUUUGUUAAAGAUAGCAUGACAUAUUAGAAGAAAAAGUGAACAAUUGAAUUAUUGAUACUAAAUCUUCUCCCCAUAAUAAAAAUAAAUUCCAAAUAGAUUGAAGUCCUCAAUGAAAAACAACAAAACUUUAAAACUAUUUGAAAGUUAUAGAAUAUUCUUAUGACCUUGGAGGAUGGAUAGAUUUAUCAGACAAGAACUGAAAAUCAUAAAUUAUUUUUUAAUCGAUAUAUUAGACUUGAUCUAAAUUCAAAACUUGUUUCUGUGUGACUGAACAUGCUACAAAGUUAAAAGGAAAGCAGCCUGGGCGCAGUGGCUAGUGCCUGUAAUCCCAGCACUUUGGGAGACCAAGGUGGGCAAAUCACCUGAGGUCAGGAGUUUGAGACCAGCCUGGCCAACAUGGUGAAACCCCAUCUCUACUAAAAAUACAAAAAAAAGUUAGCCAGGUGUGGUGGCACGUACCUGUAAUCCCAGCUACUCAAGAGGCUGUGGCCAGAGAAUCGCCUCAACCGGGGAGGCGGAGGUUGCAGUGAGCCAAGAUCACACUGCUGCACUAUAGCCUGGGCAACAAGGCAAGACUCCAUCUUAAAAAAAAAAAAAAGAAAGAAAGCAAUAGAUUAGGGCAACAUUUAUAAGCAAUAAGGAUUAAUAUCCAGACUAUAUAAAGUUACUGCAAAUCAGUGAUAAAAGUAAUAAACUUUACAAAAACUAUGAUUAGGCAAUUCACAAUUCACAGAUGAAAAGAUGCUCAACCUCACUACAGGAUCAGGGAAAUGCAAACUGAAACCACAUGAAGAUAUCUUUAAAAAUCCAUUAGAUUGGGAAAAUAAAAGAAUAUCAAAUGUUAAAGCUAUGAAGAAAAAGGAAUUUAGUGACAUCCUGAUGGAAGCAUAAAUUUAUUCAUCAACUAGGUUGUCAUUAGCGAGUGAGGCUGAAAAUGUACAUAGUCUAGGAUUCAGAAAUUCUGCUUCUAUGUAUAUAUCAUGGAGGAGUGUUUCAGAAAAUUUUACUGUAACCCACUGUAAAGAAAAUGUUUUAUACUGUGACACACAGUACACACACCUACAUACAUACCCAUAUAUGUGUGUGCGUGUGUAUAUAUAUAUAUACACACACACAUAUAUAUAUAAUUGAAAUGGUGUUAUAAAACAAUACCUUCCCUUAAUAUCUGCACUGCAUUAUAUUUUCUGUUUUAUUUCAUUUCAUAAAGAAUACUAGUGAAGACACACAAAAAUGAUUUCACAGUUUUGAAUGGAUCAAAACAUGCAGUUGGAAAAAGUGAAACAUACUACCCUUAAUAUUUGCCUUGGUACUUGCCUGAUAUACAUGUGUUCAAGAGAUUUUUACAGAAUGUUCAUUGUAGCAUUAUUAGUUGUAAUAAAACAAUGGAGGUAAAUACCUUCAGUAGGGAAAUGUAUGUAUAUAAUUUCAUAUGCAUAGGAUGAAGUAAAAACAUUGUUCUAUGAUUUAAGUGGUUGGAUCUCAAUAAUGUUGAACAAAAUGUUGGCAAAUUUUUAUUGGAUCAAAGUCCUUUCAUGCUUAAAUUUUCCAGUGAAUGAUUGGAGUACUUGCUAAUUAAAAGGAUUUAAAUGCU